AUGGAAGUUCUUGCCGGCGGGCCAUCUAAUUUAGGAGCUUCGACGAGAGAUUGCAGAAAUCAUGUUGACAAAAUGCGGAGGCUAAGACUAGGAGAUGGAGAUGCUAAUGCCAUUCAAAAGAUGUUUAAGAGGCUGCAGCAAAAUGAUAGAGACUUCUUUUAUCUGAUCGAUAUUGGUGAUGAUUCUAGACUUCGCCAUGUCAUGUGGAUUCAUCCGCGGAGUAGGGCUGCAUACCAGGAUUUCCACGACGUCGUGAGCUUUGACACGACUUAUCUCGUCAAUCAAUACAAUAUGCCUUUUGGAACUGUUGUGGGGGUUAAUCAUCACCACCACUCCAUUCUAUUAGGAUGUUGUCUAUUGAGCGACGAGCGUGCAGAAUCAUUCAAAUGGUUCUUUAGUAAUUGGCUGGACGCAAUGGGAGGUGUUCAACCGACGGCAAUUUUGAGUGAUCAAGAUGAAAGCAUUACGAUCGCAUUGAGAGAAGUAUUGCCUGACAGUAUCCACCGCUUCUGUUUGUGGCAUAUUGUUUCGAAGAGCUCCAAGAAAUUCAGAGGUAUCGCUAAUUUUGAAAUGGCUUGUUUAGAUUUCAAUCGAGUGAUACAUGGCAGUUUUAGUAUUCCGGAAUUUGAAAAUAAUUGGCUCGAUUUUCAAGUUAAGUAUAACUUACAUGAAAAUAGUUGGAUAAAAAACUUAUAUGAAAUAAGGCAAAGUUGGGUGCCAGUAUACUCAAAGCACAUCUUUUGGGCUGGCAUGAUGUCGACUCAAAGAAGUGAGUCAAUGCAUGCAUUCUUCGAUAAUUACAUCAAUUCGAGGAGUACUUUGAAAAUCUUUGUUGAGCAAUAUGAGAUUUGUAUCGUCGAUAAGAUUCGAAAAGAGCUUCAAGCUGAAUAUUCGACGAAGUGCAGGCCUAUCACUUGUGUGUCAGAGUUUAAGUGGGAAUCACAAUUUGCUAAGGUAUACACUAAUAAUAUCAUGGAGCUUCUUCAGAAACAAGUGAAAAAGAUUUGGAAUUGCAAUCUCAUUUUGUUGGAGUCAGAUAGUAGCUCAAUGGAUAGAUAUGAUAUUACUGAGACACGUACAUCGAGCAAGUAUCCCUCUCCCAACGAGCUACAUUUCAUGGUUGAGCAUCGGCCUGUUGGGGCUAUUUUGAUUGCAAUUGCAAGAAAUUCGAGAACAAAGGUAUUUUCUGCUGUCAUAUAUUGA